GCUUCGUUCGGAAGCCUCAAGACGGAAGCAGGGCUAAAGGAGCUGAAUGAUCUGCUGGCCACAACCAGCUACAUAGGUGGCGGCGUAUCAGCAACUCAAGACGACUUUGAGUGGCUGGCCAAGGCGCCACACAACAUUGACGGCGAGCAGUUUCCGCACGCCCGGAGAUGGCUGGUGCAUGUGCGGGCCUUGAAGCAGAAAUUCCCUUACAAGCAGUGGCCAAAGGGUGCCGGCAAGGGAGGUGGAUCCACCAACAAGGAGGCGGGCGAGAAGGGGAAGGACCAAGCCAAGCUCGAGGGCUUGUUAGCAGGAGCCGAGAUGGGCAAGGUUUGCACCCGAUUUCCUCCCGAGCCCAGCGGUUACCUUCACAUCGGCCAUGCCAAGGCUGCGAUGCUCAACAACCACUAUGCCCGGCACUACCAGGGGAAGCUCAUCGUGCGGUUUGACGACACGAACCCCAGCAAGGAGAAGAUGGAGUUUGAGGAGAGCAUGAUCAAGGAUUUGGCCACCCUGCAGAUCAAACCUGACAUGGUAAGCCACACCUCUGACUACUUCGAGCAGCUGCAGACUGCCAUGGAGGAACUCAUCAAAAAAGGCAAGGCCUACGUGGAUGACACAGAUGUGGACACUAUGAGGAAUGAGCGUGACAAGGGUGUCUGCAGCAAGUGCAGAGAUCAGUCAGUGGAUGAAAACCUCCGUCGCUUUAGUGAGAUGCUGAAGGGCUCUGAGGAAGGCCUGAAGAUGUGCGUCCGAGGGAAGAUGGACAUGCAGUGUGCCAACAAGUGCCUGCGCGACCCUGUCUUCUACCGGUGCAAGACAGACACGCCCCAUCACAAGCAUGGAUUCAAGUACAAGGCCUACCCCACGUAUGACUUCGCUUGCCCAGUGGUCGAUGCGUUGGAGGGUGUGACCCAUGCUCUCCGAACCAUUGAGUACAAGGAUCGUGCGCCCAUGUACGAUUGGGUCUUGGAAGCCACCGGCUCCCGGAAAGUGGAGAUGGUGGAGUUCGCGAAAACACAAUUUUCCUACACCAUCCUAUCCAAGCGGAAGCUUGCGUGGUUCGUGGACAACGGCUAUGUCGAUGGGUGGGAUGAUCCUCGCUUCCCCACCGUGCAGGGCGUCAUGCGCCGCGGGAUGACGGUGGAAGCCCUCCAGGACUUUGUGCUGACCCAGGGCAUGUCCAAGGCCACUAACAUGAUGGAAUGGGACAAGAUUUGGGCGAUCAAUAAGCAGAAGCCAGGUAGAGGCUACUUCAUCGUGGAUCGUCCAGCCUUCCAGCCAGGUAAGGCUGGUCAGCAAGCCACCACCUCCCAGACGAUGGAUGGGGUAGCUGUACUAAAGGCAGGAGACGGUGCACUUUCCUUCAGGGCAAAGCCGACAACCACGCAGUCCUAUCGCACCUUGAUCGAUCUCUGCUCUGGGCUGGGCGGUAUGUCGCAGGGUCUUCGUGGACUAGCAGGGCAUACACUUGUGUAUGUAGAUCGGUCUCCACUUGCAGCAAGCACUGUUCGUGAUAAUGGCGGGAAUGCCAUUUGCGGUGACAUUGGAAGUCCUCAGGUUCAGUUGCAACUUCAUCAGCAGGCAGAGCACAGCGCCUGUGCUGGCACCAUAACCGCGGGGGUACCAUGUCAGCCAUAUUCACGGCAGGGUAUGCAGCUUGGUUCUUUGGAUGAGCGGAGUUUUGUGCUCAAUCAUGUGCUUCAGGUGGGCUGGCGUUUGCAAGCAGCUUGUAUCAUCCUAGAAUGUGUGGCGGAGAUUGCUGGGCACGAGGAUAUUUUGUUACUCAUCCGUGAGUUUGCAAGCAGGGCAGGCUACACGUUGCAUAGUGUUGAGCUAGAGCUUGGCAAAAUCUGGGUCUCAAAGAGAAGGCGUUGGUGGGCUUGCCUGGUGGUCGAGGAAGGGCCCCCUUUCAGCCUGGAGUCAUAUCCUGAGGUAGAGCCGCUCAUGACUGUAAAGGAUGCUGUGCCGGAGUGGCCAUGUUGGGAUGCAGUCGCUGAGCAAGAGUUGCUGUGGACACAGACAGAAGCCCAACUUCUGCUUAGCCCUGAGUAUGGAGCAGAGCCAAGAAUUCUCAACCAGCAUGCUCAGGCACCAACAGCGCUCCACUCGUGGGGCAACGCACUGGACCGCUGUCCAUGCGGUUGCAGAAAUGCGGGCUUCACGCUGCAGCGAUUGCGCUCAGGGGGUCUUAGAGGGGUUGGGGUGUUUUCCGGUUUGUUCGGGGUCCUUAGGUUCCUGCACCCGUGUGAAGCCGGUUUCCUGAACACCCUUUCCCCCGCCUUCCGCUUCUUGCAGGGUGCCCGUGCUGGGUUGUGCCUGGUUGGCAACAUAAGUGCACCGAUUCAAGCCCAUUGGGUUUUGGCAUCCUUGCAGAGCUGGUCAGCCAAGCAGAAGCAGGAUGAAAGACCACUUGACCCGGUUGCUUCCCUGCAAGCCUUUAAGCAGUGCCUGCUUGCCGAGAGGCAUGACCUGUGGCCGGUGCCCUCGCUUUCCCAGCCGACAAGUAUUCCAUGUACUUUUGUUGCCAGUUGGCUGUUGCCUCAGUCCAGUUGUCCUUGGCAAGCCAAGCAUGUCAUUGAAGCUGCCCGCAAGGUGGUAGGCCCAGGGUACUCGAUUCAGAUCAGGUCUGGCAGCCGCCUCCUUCGGCCAGAAGCGUAUUUGCAUGCCAAGGGCCUUGAUUACGCAGUUCAUGUCCGGCCGAAAAAGAGUGCUAAGCCUGGCACUCCACUUUCGGGGGCCGAGUCACGGCCGGUUUGCACGGUUGUUGUUCUCACAGCAACGGGUACCAGGCUUCAUCCAUGUGCAGUUGGCACAUCUGUUACUGAGGUGCUCGAGCAACUUGCCUUGCCAGUCGGCUUCGCACAGGUCCUUGGAAGUGAAGGGGUUGACCUUUGCACUCCCCUUGCAGCAGAUGUUGUUGUUGAUGUGCGGCCGCCUGCCGAGCCUUUGCCAGUCAGUGCCGGGAUUUCUGAUGCCAGCGUUGCCGCUGUCCUUGAAAGGUUUGCUGCCCAGGUUCUGCCUGAAGUUUCCUGUGUUCCGCCCGGCUUGGUCACAGCUAUAGCUGGCCUCACUGUUGAGGAUGUGUUGCAGUUUGGCAGUUUCCCAGGGGUUCUUUCGUCGGCCAACCGUAUGUUGUUGCCAUUCGCACAUGACAACCACUGGGCCUGUCUUUGCGCGCAAAGUGCUAAUGGGCAGCUUCGAUUCCUGUGCUUGGAUGGCAUUCCUCAGCGUGUCGCUGCACAUGCCGAGAAACUGUGCAAGAUCUUUGCUGCGCUGCUGGGCUAUAGCAGCUAUGAAACAUGUCAUCAGACUUGGUUUUUGCAGGCGCCAGAUGAGCCUUGUGGGGCCAAUAUGUUGCGGCAUCUCUGUGCAUGCGUCGCUGGGCCUGGCCCACAGGUAGAAGACGCUGUCAGGUCCCUGCUUCAGGCAGCCCCACUUCCGGGGAGGGAAUAUGGGCGAGGUGAACUGUCCGCAGAGCAGUCACAAGCCCUUCGAAUUCUUUUACUUGAAAAGGGCGUCCCUGAAAGCAACCUUGCUGAACGCAUUCAAGCUGCGGUUAGGAAGCUCGGGGCCGGGCCCAUUGCCAAGGCGCUUGCUCACAAGCAAGCCUGGGCUCAACUUAAGGCCAUAGCGGCAAAGCCAGGCAACAUGUUCAGGUGGAUUCCAGCGGAUGAACUUGCAGAGCACAUUGAAGCCAGGGCUAACGCCAAGUUUGGAACCAGCAUUCCUGGUGGCAAGGACAAGAAGCGCAGACAGACUGUGCAGAAGCAGGCUGGGCCACUACACAUCGACCCAGCCAAGCUUCAGAUUGCCCCCAAGUCAUUCGUCAAUGCCGAUGGCUCGCCUUUGCCACAGCUUGCGUUUGAGGAAGUUGGUGUCGAAUCUACCGGCGUUGCUUUUUGUUCUGUUGGGCAAGCCAUGCCUUUUCUCGAGUCGGGUCGGUCCCUCAGCGUUGAUGCAUUGGGCUUGGUCUGUGUCAACACGCUGUCAAAGGACCAGUGUGGCUUGGCUUCUGUUGUGGCGGUGCACUUUCCGGCCAUAUAUGCUCCAACUGGAGAAGCCGUGCUUAUCCGCGGCUCCCUCAUUCAGUUGGGAGACGAGCCUGUCCAACUCCAGCAAAGUCAAUUUGCCGACACAGAUCAGGUCGAGACUGUGACUUGCAGGUUUACGGUCUAUCGGGACGAAGCCGCUCUUGACUGGACUGCGUUCAUUGCGGCCCCUAUCCGCACGCUGGUUUCAGGGAAUCCAGGCCUUGCGCUGUGCAAGGAAGCGUCUUGUGGUCAGACAUGUGGCCGUUUCCACGCCUCUGUGGAGGAAGCGGAUUGCAUAGAUAGGCUUCUCCUCGACCUUUGGGGGAGACAAUGGCUGAUGCUUGAAGGCGGUCGCGCAGCUCCGGAGCAAGCUCAGGUCUUUGCCUGCCUGGUUCGGGUUCCAGCUUCGGCAGUCAAGCACUUGCAUCAAUUGCACAUUCGAGGAUUCUAUGCUGAACCCCGUGCAGCUGGAGGCAAUGGCCCGCAUACAGCCUAUGCGGUCGUGUGGCUGCAGGAUGCUGAGUAUUCACGUGCUUUGCAUUUGUUGCGCACAUGCCCUCAAGGUGUCGCCCUCACGAGGCUGGGCAAGCGAUACGGCAUCAGGUGCCGUGAGGCAGACGAGCAAGCAGUGUUCCAGGCCAUGCAUCCAGGCAGUGACUUUCAGAAGAUUAAGGUGGUUGCCCACUACCGCCUUCACCCGCUGCCGUUUGGGUGCCAACGCAAGCACCUUCAAAACCUGCUCCGGUCCUGGGCUUGGGACGCAAAGCCCAUGCAGCCUGCAAAGGGCGAUGGUGAAGGAUCCGCUUGGAUCGUGGGUGCUUCUGAGGAGCCGCCAGGUCCGGCCAUCGCAUGUGGAGGAACGUUUGUGUUGGUCCGGAAAGUGCGUGACACUGUUGCCCAGACACCCCCUUCAAGCCUCACAGCUUCAGGUCGCACUCGCAGGAAGAUCCUUUACGAUGAUGGAGAGGAGGAGCCCAGCAGCGCCAGUCAUGACCCGUGGACUGGUGGCCGAGAUCCGUGGUCGUUGGCGAGGCCGCCGCCGGGACUUCCGAGCCCCGCCCCGCCGACCAGUGCAGGAACGCAAGCUAAAAUCUCACAGCUCCGUACUGAGCUCUCCCAGGGCAUGCAAGACAUCGUUCAAAAGCACCUCCAGUCUGCUGACCAGGAACUUAAAGCUCAGGGAGAGAAGUCUGAAGGCUGGUUCCAGACUUUUGGCAAGCAGGCAGGUGAGGUUGCCCAAAUUAAGGCCGAGGUUACGAAGCAAGCAGAGUUGUUGCCUGCGACCGUGCAAGCUGCUGUCAACACGCUUUCCUCGGAGCUUGCAACUCAGAUGCAGCAGCAGUUUCAGCAGCAGAACAGCCAGCUUGAAGCCCUGCUCUCCAAGAAGCAUCGGCUGAGCUUGAUUGAUUGUGCCCUUUGGGCUGUGGCCUUCCUUUUGUCAUGCCUCUUCAAUGGCAUCUUGCUUGUUGCCGCUUCGGUUCGGCUGGGGGUCAGUCGGGCUUUGCAGGCCUUUCUUCUUCUGUGGGUCUCUGGACUUAGCGCAGUCAUGCACUUGAGUGUCAGCCAGGCUCCACGCCACAGACCGCACGUCGUGUGCUACUUCUUUUUACUCUUGCUGGGGCUGCAGUCCCCUGCGCAUGCCGUUUUUGUUUCAGUCCCUACAUGUAGGUAUGGCGAAGCCAGGCACCCUUGCCCUGACAUGUGGCUCUCUACCAGUAACCCUUCUGGACUUCGGGGCAAGAACCUAGAUGCCAUUGAGUUCGAGCCCGGGGUUCACUGCUUCAGUGAAACGCAGCUAUCGGCUGUCACCUUGCCUCAAGUAUCCUCGCAGUUGCGUCAUCUCGGCCGUGUACAAGGCCGAAAUCUAAGAAUUGCUGCUGGAGCAGCCGCCCCUUUGCGGGCACAUAGUGACGAUUGGCCUGUGCAACCUGUGAAGAUCCCAUGGCCAUCUGGCAUCUGGGAAACCGCUAGGGUCCAAAUUGCCCAAGUCUUGAUAGAAGGCCUUCCUCUGCUCUGUGCCAACGUGUACGGGUACAGCCGAAGCCACCCACAGGCCACGGCUGCUACCGAAGCCUUGCUUGAGCCCAUCACUCGAGAGAUCGUCUUUGGACGCAUUGGACCGCGGAUGAUCUGUGGCGACCUAAACGCUGAAGAAGACACUUUAGUCCAGACCCGGAUUUGGCGACAGCAGGGAUGGAUUGAACUUCAGGAAUUGGCCUGGCAAAGGUGGGGAACUGUUCCAUCCCCGACAUGCAAGGAUGCAACUCGUCGGGACUACUUGUAUUUGUCCCCUGAAGUUGCUGCAAUUUGUGUUGAUAGCUCAGUCCUCUCAGUCUUCCAGGAACACUCGACUCUUUCUGCCAAACUUCGAAUUGCUUCCAAUGCUGGUGCCAUCAGGUAUUGGCCGCGCCCAGCGACCAUUCCGUGGUCGAGCAUUGCAUUGGAUGGCCUACAGGGGCAGGCGCAUGCAAGCCUUCCACAGGCUUUGGACACAACCCAAAGAUAUAAGAUGCAUGCGCAGUUGUUUGAGCAGAGCUUGAAUGGUCAUGUUGAGUGCCCUGGCAGACAGCUUCCAUCCGCCUGUUACGGCAGGGCAAGGUUUGCUGAACCGGCAGUAAAGCAUCUUGCUCUUAAUGUUCCAAAAGCCAGCCGUGCUGGAGAUGAGGUUUUGCAGUCCGACCUUUUGUCACUCGAAGUACGCCGCUGGUUUAAGCAAUUACGUCGCCUGCAAAGUUUGUGGCAUGCAUUGAAGCAGCCUCGGUAUGACUUUGCUGCUCUGGAAUAUCGAGGGAACCUUUGGCAGAGUGUGUUGAAGGCAACAGGCUUUCACAAUGGAUUUCGCGCUUGGUGGCCUCAGCGGCCUGUCCAAGGCCCUGGCAGUCCUGCCUUUAUCCCGGACGGGGUUCCUACCCCGACAGUGGCACAGGCUAUUUUUCUUGACUUCAGGGAAAAUUUCCGGCGAUUUGAAAGCUGGCACAUUACUCAACAUGGCAAAAUUCUUUCAGCUCGGCAUGAUGCAUCCAAGCAAAGAUUGUACCAGGAGUUGCGUCAGGAAGGCGGCAAAGCGGCUGAUGUGCUGGUCAAUUCCCGUGCUUAUGCGAUUCUGGCUGUGGACUCCCAGGAACGCCUUGUACAUGUUGACCAGCCUCUCGAUUUUGCAGGCCACUCGGAAUGGCGCAUUGACGGCCAAGCUGUGCAAGUGUCGCAGAUUUCUUCAGAGGUCUGCUGCGUUGAAGGUGAUGUGCCCCUCCCCGCUGAUGGAGAGCUUGAGCAGCUCCAAUACGUUUCCUCCCCUCAGGAGGUUCAUGCUGAAUUUGUGCAAUUUUGGACUCAACGUUGGAACAAACCUUGUUCUGAUGAUCAGUGGACUCGCAUUUUGGACUUUGCCAGGGCAUACCUGCCCCAAAAGCCUUUUGUUUUGUCGCCAAUUUCGGUUACUCUGUGGCUGUCCACGUUGCGCAGGCUGAAGGUUCGAGCUGCCCGUGGCCCGGACGGUUAUGCCCGGGAUGAUCUUCUUUGCAUGCCAAGACCGCGUGUUGAGGAGCUUCUGAGUCUGCUUUGCGACAUCGAGGGGGUCGCGCCCUGGCCUGCUCAGUUGUCGGUUGGGCUCGUUCAUUUGCUGCACAAGCCUGGGGGCAAUGACACCGUCAGCGGGUAUAGGCCCAUCUGUGUCUUUAGUAUCGUGUAUCGAUGCUGGGCAAGCAUACGGGCCAGGCAAAUCCUGAGGUGGUUGAAGGAGUUCAUUCCAGUUGGCUCACUUGGAUUCAUGCCUGAACAUGAAACCACAGAGGCCUGGUAUGUUCUAGAAGGGCUCAUCGAGUGUGCACUCCAACAUGCACAAUCAUUAUCAGGCUAUGGCACGGACCUUGUGCGAGCCUUCAACAACCUGCCUCGUCGCCCCCUGUUUGAGGCUGCCAAGCUUCUAGGCCUGCCGGAGGAUGUGCUUUGUCCGUGGCAGUCGUUCGUGCGUGACACGCAGCGCCGUUUUGUCGUGCAAAAUGCUGUCAGUGAGCCAGUCUUCUCCAGCUGUGGCUUCGCAGAGGGAUGCCCUCUCAGUACGGUUGCCAUGAGUGUCUGUAGUUUUAUGUACCAUGAGUACAUGCAGGCCUUUGCCCCUUCUGUUGAAAGCCUUAGCUAUGUCGAUAACCUCCUCGGCAUUGGCAGGGGUGCGUUUGACGUUGCUGUGGGGAUGAACGCCACCCGAUGUCUGUGUGAAGCCUUGGCCAUGCAGUUGGACGACCGUAAAACGUAUGCGUGGAGCACCGAUGCAUCACAACGAAAGGUGCUAAGGGCCAUGAAUCUUGUUGUGCUCGACUCGUGCCGGGAGCUUGGCGGCGUGGUUUCUUUUGGCCCCGCCACACGCAACCGACCCCUUGUGCAAAGAUGUGAGCAGGUGAAGUCGCUCUGUGCCGCGCUGAAGAGGUCAAGGGCCUCCUGGUCUGCCAAACUUUCUACCCUGCCAGUCAAGUUCUGGAGCUUUGCUUUGCAUGGGGUUUCCGCCUGCCCUGUCUCUGACACACUGUUGCAAUCUCUGCGUACACAAGCUGUCCGGGCGCUGAAGGCAGCGCCUGCUGGAUCCAGUCCAGCACUUCGGCUUUCUCUUGGCAAGCCAAUGACGGCAGACCCAGGCUUUUUCCAGUGUUGGAAUUGCCUUUCUACCCUUCGCAGACUUUGUCUCAAACAGCCGCGGAUUUUGGAGCUGUGGUCACGGUUUCUCCUGAAUUUCAAUGGCAGACUCUUUCAUGGCCCGUUUUCUAAGCUUCUCGUUGUUCUCAACAGUCUGGGGUGGCAAGUUCGAGGGCCGCCUAUGUUUGUUGAUGAGGAAAAUCUCCUGCAUGAUCUGCUGGCUACUCCUUUGCCGGCACUACGCACCCUUGCCGAGAGGGCCUGGCUUCGAAGCAUUGCAUUCUCUCACGCUCAUCGUCCCAGCAUGCGUGGGCUUCACGGGAUUGACCCCUGUCUCGUCCGGCUUGAUCAUAACAGCUUUUCGCAUACUUCCAGUGCCCGGGUUGCAGCUCUACAGUGUGGGGCUCUCAUGUUUGGCGAGGCUCAGGCAAAGUUUGACCUUACUCGUUCUGGUCUCUGCACGUUAUGUGGAGUGCCCGAUGAUAAGGAACAUAGGGUCCGCUUUUGUCCUCGUUUCUCCUCGGCUAGGCAGGGUCAUGCGGCAGUGUUGGAUCGAUGGGAUGAACUCCCAUCCUGCCUCAAGUUGCAUUUGCUGCCACCGGCCAAUGCUGCGGCCUGCGAGCUUCGGGCUAUGCUGCAUCAAACGCCAGAUGGCUCGCAAAGCUUUCUCUCAUGUCCUUCACAAGGAGUCCAGCACCUGUUUACGGAUGGAGCUUGCACUCGACCGAUCACGCCUGAACUUGCAACUGCCGCUUGGGGGGUUGUUAAUGCCACAGCUGGGCAGAUUGUUGCCACCGACCAUCUUCCCGGAUGGUACCAGACAGCGCCGCGCGCUGAAUUGUUUGGCAUUCUUGCCUCGGUUUGCUGGGUUAGGUUUUUCUCCGUGGAGGGGGUUAUUUGGGGUGACUCCCUGAGCGCAACGGAGGGGCUUCACCUGAUGCUGGAGGGCCAUGAGCCAGCAGCACACUGGGAUAACCUCGACAUCUGGCAACGCAUUUGGGAACAAGUGGCAGAGUUGCUUCCGGGACAGCUCCGCGUUCAACAUGUCACAUCACAUUUGGACCCGUCUUUGUGCAGCGAUGCUUUCGAGGAAUGGGUGGCUUAUUGGAACCAAAGGGUUGAUAUUGUGGCGGGCAUAACCAAUGCCAACCGGACUUGGACGUUUCAGGAUGAACUGAAUCGCGGAACAAGGUGGGCUGCAGAUACAGCGACAUGUUUAAGGGCUCUCCGCGCUGUCUAUCUGGGCAUCGCAGAAUCCACGACCAGUGAGGGAAUGGUGCAGCCGUUUGAGCCGGAACAUGAAGCUGUUGAUGUUGAGCUGGACCACCCGGCGGGCCAGGUGCGAAAUGAAACCUUUUCCGAGACUUUGCCACUGUUGUGGAUCGCAGAGUUCAUUGUGAGUCAGGAUGAAUGUUCUGACCUUGAAUACUCUGUGUCAUGGCUUGAGUUAGUUGCUAUGAUUUGGGGUCAGGGUAUGGCACCCGCAGAGCCGUUCAGGAUGGUCUUGGUGAAGAUCCCCGAUGGCAAAAGCAAGGACAUGGGCAUGAAGUCCAAGGUGGACCCCUCCAAGCUGCAGGGCGCAGCUGGGCAGAAAGGAGACAAGGCCGAGAAGGACAAUGCCGGAGGCGCAGCUUCCCCGAAAGUGAACGGGGACGCCAAGGCUGGCAAAGAGCAGAAGGGCGAAAAGGGCGACAAAGCGGAGAAAGGGGAGAAAGGUGGCAAGGCCAAAGCCAAGGCAGCACCUGGAAAGGCUGCAGACCGGCCUCUCGAAGACUUCUCAAGGCUCAACAUCAAGGUGGGGAAGAUCACGAAGGUGUGGCCCCAUCCUGAGGCUGAGAAGCUGUGGUGCGAGGAGAUUGACCUCGGCGAGGGGCAGCCUCGGCAGAUUGCCUCUGGUCUUCGUGCUCACGUGAAACAGGAGGAAAUGCAGGGUGCCAUGGUGGUCGUCCUUGCGAACCUCAAGCCCAGGAAGCUGGUCGGCUUCGAGUCCCAGGGCAUGGUCCUGUGCGCCACCAGCAAGGAGGGCAAAGUAGAGCUGAUGCAGCCGCCUGCCUCUGCGAAGGUUGGCGAGCGCGUCGUAGCCGAAGGUGUAGAGAUGCUGGAUCCAGACGAGAAGCUGAACGAGAAGACCGGUAAGGCACCUUGGGAUGUGCUGAGACCCGGCUGCGUCACCAACGACGGCAAGCAGGGCACUUACAACGGCGCGCUGUGGAUGACCUCUGCAGGGCCGGUCACAUGCAAGUCCGUCACUGGCGGGACGAUAUCCUGA